AUGGAAGGUGAAAUAAACAACUUGGUGAUGGUGUGGAUGACUGUGGUAGCAUCACUCUGCUACUGUCAAACCAUAGGUAAGAUUAUCACGCAUGGCACAACCAGGCUCUUAGCAAUCCUCCCUGUGAUACUUCUCUUCUUGGUUUUGCCUCUCAAUCUCAGGACUAUCUUUCUCGGAGGUCCAAUUUCUUUCUUCGUCGCUUGGCUCGCCACCUUCAAACUUCUCCUCUUCGCCUACGGUAAAGGCCCUCUUUCCUCCAAUCCACCUCUCCCUUUGCCUCGUUUCAUCCCCUUAGCUUGCUUCCCCAUUAAAAUUCAAAACGAACCUUCUCCAAACACUGCCAAACAAGGCCAAAAAUCUCUUACAAACUACGCCAUCAAAGCACUCGUAUUCGCUACCAUCAUACCUGUUUACCAAAACAAAUCGUCUAUUCACCCGAAAGUUUUCUUGUUUUUCUACUGCAUAUACGUGUACACCGGUCUAGAGAUCAUCCUAGCCAUGGCAGCGGCUUCGGUUCGAGCAGCGCUCGGGGUCGAGCUCGAGCCCCAGUUUGAAGAGCCGUACCUGUCGACAUCGCUACAGGAUUUCUGGGGAAGGAGAUGGAAUCUCAUGGCCAGCGCCAUCCUACGUCCUACAGUGUACACUCCCGUUCGGACCAUCACGAGCCGUUGGAUCGGAAGGAAAUGGGCCCCAGUCCCGGCGGUGAUCGCGGCGUUUUUGGUGUCUGGGAUCAUGCACGAAUUGAUUUUCUACAACAUAGGAAGAUCGAAGCCCACAUGGGAAGUCUCGUGGUUUUUCCUUCUGCAUGGGAUCUGUUUGGCUAUUGAAGUUUCCAUUAAGAAGGCCGUUAACGAGAAGUGGCGGCUGCCGCCGGUGGUAUCAGGUUUGAUGGCGGUGGCGUUUGUGAUGGCUACUGGCUUGGGGCUGUUCUUGCCGGCUCUUAUGAGAUUAGAAGCCGAUGUAAUGGCGCACAGAGAGAUAGUUGCGUUUAUUGAAUUCGUCAAAAGCGUUAGCAUUCAGCUUAGAAUGGACAAAGUUAUUGUAUUCUCAGCCUUUGGAUCAUCGUGAUCAGUUUAAAAUGAUCAUGUUUGUAUAUUCAGCAAUAUUUCAAAUUGG